GAGCGCAAUGCAGAGAGCGCCAUCGAGGCUCUGAAGGAGUACGAGCCGGAGAUGGGGAAGGUGUAUCGCAUGGAUCGCAAGGCUGUCCAGAGGAUCAAAGCCAGAGACAUUGUCCCAGGGGACAUAGUGGAGGUGGCAGUUGGCGAUAAGGUGCCUGCUGACAUCAGAGUGACCUCGAUAAAGUCCACUACCCUACGAGUGGACCAGUCCAUCCUUACAGGGGAGUCUGUCUCCGUCAUCAAACACUCUGACCCUGUUCCUGACCCCAGAGCUGUGAAUCAAGACAAAAAGAACAUGCUGUUUUCUGGCACCAACAUCGCCUCAGGCCGUGCCAUUGGCGUUGUUGUAGCUACGGGCGUCAGAACGGAGAUCGGCAAGAUCAGAAACCAGAUGGCAUCCACAGAGCAGGAGAAGACACCGUUACAGCAGAAGCUGGACGAGUUCAGCCAGCAGCUCUCCAAAGUCAUCUCCCUGAUCUGCGUCGCUGUGUGGGUCAUCAAUAUCGGCCACUUCGGAGACCCCGUCCAUGGCGGAUCCUGGGUCAGGGGUGCAAUUUAUUACUUCAAAAUUGCUGUCGCUUUGGCCGUGGCCGCCAUUCCCGAGGGCCUACCUGCGGUCAUUACCACUUGUCUGGCUCUGGGCACGCGCCGCAUGGCCAAGAAGAAUGCGAUCGUCCGAAGCCUGCCGUCAGUGGAAACCCUCGGCUGCACGUCUGUUAUCUGCUCUGACAAGACGGGGACCCUCACCACCAACCAGAUGUCUGUCUGCAGAAUGUUCAUCGCAGACAAAGUGGAGGGUUCAAGCUGCUCUCUGCACGAGUUCUCCAUCACUGGUUCUACAUAUGCCCCUGAGGGACAAAUACAUAAAGAAAACAAACCCAUCCAGUGUGGGGACUACGACGGCCUGCUGGAGCUGGCCACUGUGUGCUCCAUGUGCAACGACUCCUCAUUGGACUACAAUGAGAGCAAAGGGGUAUAUGAGAAGGUGGGAGAGGCAACAGAGACGGCUCUCACCACCCUGGUGGAGAAGAUGAACGUGUUUAAGACCGACCUGUCGGAUCUCAGCAAGGUGGAACGGGCCGGCGCCUGCAACUCGGUGAUCAGGCAGCUGAUGAAGAAGGAGUUCACUCUGGAGUUUUCCCGCGACCGCAAGUCCAUGUCCGUCUAUUGCAAUCCCGUCAAAGCAGGUGGCCAGAGCAAGAUGUUUGUGAAGGGCGCGCCUGAAAGCGUGAUGGAGAGAUGCGACCACCUGCGUGUGGGAACUGCAAAGGUUGCUAUGACACCAGCCUUGCGUGAGCAGCUGAUGUGUAAGAUAAGGGAAUGGGGGACAGGCAAGGACACCCUUCGCUGCCUCGCUCUGGCAACCCACGACAACCCGCCACGCAAAGAGAACAUGGACCUGGAGAACUCCAGCAAGUUUGUCCAAUAUGAGAUGGGCCUGACAUUCGUCGGCUGCGUGGGCAUGCUGGACCCGCCCAGGAAGGAGGUGAUCGGCUCAGUGAAGCUGUGCAACGAGGCUGGCAUCCGGGUCAUCAUGAUCACCGGGGACAACAAAGGCACGGCUGUGGCGAUCUGCAGGCGCAUUGGCAUCUUCGGAGAGGACGAGGACGUGACGGGGAAGGCCUACACGGGCCGCGAGUUCGACGACCUCUCACCAGAUGAGCAGAGGGAGGCUGUCAAACGCGCCCGCUGCUUCGCCCGCGUGGAGCCGGCACACAAGUCCAAAAUAGUCGGAUACCUGCAGUCAUUUGAUGAGAUCACAGCGAUGACAGGAGACGGCGUGAACGACGCCCCCGCCCUGAAGAAGGCGGAGAUUGGCAUCGCCAUGGGAUCCGGGACGGCAGUAGCCAAGUCGGCAUCUGAGAUGGUGCUGUCGGAUGAUAACUUCUCCACCAUCGUGGCCGCCGUGGAGGAAGGCAGAGCUAUUUACAACAACAUGAAGCAAUUCAUCAGAUACCUCAUCUCCUCCAACGUCGGGGAAGUGGUGUGCAUCUUCCUGACGGCCAUCCUGGGCCUCCCAGAGGCGCUGAUCCCAGUCCAGCUGCUGUGGGUCAAUCUGGUGACUGACGGGCUUCCUGCCACCGCCCUGGGCUUUAACCCCCCAGACCUGGACAUCAUGGACAAACCGCCGCGUAACCCCAAGGAGCCACUGAUCUCUGGCUGGCUGUUCUUCAGAUACCUCGCCAUUGGAGGUUAUGUGGGGCUUGGAACAGUGAGCGCAGCCACAUGGUGGUACCUUUUUGAUGAAGAGGGUCCGCAGGUGACUUUCUACCAGCUGCGGCACUUCAUGCAGUGCACAGAGGACAACCCCAUGUUCAAGGACAUCGACUGCGAGGUGUUUGAAUCCCGCUACCCAACCACCAUGGCGCUGUCGGUGCUGGUCACUAUCGAGAUGUUUAACGCCCUCAACAGUUUGUCUGAGAACCAGUCUCUGGUCAGGAUGCCUCCCUGGGUCAAUAUUUGGCUGCUGGGAGCCAUCAUCCUCUCUCUUUCCCUCCACUUCCUGAUCCUGUACGUGGAGCCUCUGCCGUUGAUCUUCCAGGUGACCCCCCUGCACUGGUCCCAGUGGAUCGUGGUCCUAAAGAUUUCCAUCCCAGUGAUCCUCUUGGAUGAGGCACUGAAAUAUCUUUCCAGGAACCAUUUAGAAGAUGAUGAGGAGAAGAAAUAUCGGCGGAGAUGGCAGCUGAAUUAAGACCGCUCCUUUGUCGCAUCCGCAUAGUUACACACACGCACACACACAGCUACAGCCUCCCUCUUUAUGAGCUAGGAAGAUCCCCCCCACACACACACACACCCUCGAUUCCCCCCCUCCCCGGCCCUUGUUGUCAAUCCCGCAUGUCCGCCGCGGCACCACUUACAAAAACCCCCAAAAAGGAGGAAAACUUGGAAUAGAGUGUGUUGAGUCCCUGGGAGCAUGGCUUUGUGUGAGUGUGUCUGAUUCGUGUUUGCAGAUGAUCGACUUUCUUUCAGCUGCAAUGAAAAAAAAAAACAAGAGGAUAAAACAGCCUCUGGCUUCUUUAAACCAUUUCUGCUCAUUUGCUCUUUCUCUCUUUGUUCCUCUACACAGUAGGAAGAUAGUGGUAAAGAAACGGACUCGGGGAGGGAAGGGGUUUGGAAAAUGAGGGGGGGUGUAAUUCCAUGCAGAGCCUCAAAGAGAGGCGGAGAAGAGAUGAUAAAGAUGAAAGCAAUAGAGCAAGGAUGCAGAAGAUGAGGAGAGGCGGACCUGGAGGCUGAGUGUGUGUGGGAGAGCCACUGUGUCCAUGUCCCAGAGCCACCGCCGCCCACACGGUCUCAUCAGAACAACUUCCAGUUCCUCCUCGCCAUCUUUGUUUCCCUGCAAGCAAACUCUGAUGAGGGUCACGCUUCUCGGGAUCUCUGCUUUGCUGUGCCCUUAUUUAGCAGGCUUGAAAUGUCUGUGUUUUUGUUUUUUUGGGAGGGGUGAAUAGCUUUAUGUUUCUUAGCUGCUUAUAUUAGCUCUCGGAUUGGAGGAGCUGAGGUCAGCCGGGCUCAAAACUAACAGAAAUGUUCUUUGUUUCUCAUUGAUUAUAAUUAAAGCCCUCAUUGUUGUUCUGAGAUGGAAAAAAAUUAAAUGUCAACAUUUAGUAGGUUAUUCUACUGGGCUUAUUUAGCCCAACUGACUAUCUAAAAGCUUUAUUUCAAUAUAGAGAUGCACCGACCAGAUUUUCCCUGUUUUUUUUGGUUUGCUUGUUCUUAGACCUGCUAAAAUCAAAUUUUUUCACUUCCAAAAUUUCCUCAACAAUAUUUCUUCUUUGUAUCCUUCCUGUGGGAGAGAUAACAUGACGGCAGCGAGAGAAGCUACUGUAAAACAGGUAGAAUUAAAAACCAAUCACAUCCCUGUAAUUUCAUAUUUUGUUAACAUGGCUUGCUUGCAUUUAUUUUACAGACUGUAGAGCCUCAGGUGAGAUUUUCAAGCAAAAAUUUAAAAAAGAGCAAAAAAAAAAAAAAAAAAAAAAAAAA